AUGUCAGCAGUCGCCCCAGGCACUGGAGGACUGAUUAAGCAGUGUGUAGCUUUCCGCCCUCGCCAAACACGAUUCCAACAUUUGACGGUAUUCCCUGACUGGCGAGAUUCAACUGCGCGGUUCGGCCUCUCGGCCACCCCCUUUCCCAUCCAAAGGCGACUCUUUAGCCAGAAGAUAGAAGGUGUACCGGUAGUGAACGGGGCGGAGGAGCAGAAUCGAACCGAAGAGCCAGAGUCACCGGAAGAUAUGGAAGAGGAUACACCCACAACCGAGAAAUGGCAACAAGUUAUCAAGGCUAUCGAGAACACCACCAAAGAGUCCCUUGGCGCUAGCCCACCUUUUGAUGCGUCUUCGCCUGCUGCCUUUCAGACCUACUGGCGAGAUGUUUUCCGCCGUUUACAGAGUUCUAUUGUUGCCGACAACACGAUACCAGAAUUCUUAACGGACCCGCCUGUCAAGAAGUUCUCAAUAACAUUUAUGGAUGUCCUUCACGGACUAGCAUGCGCGUGUUGCCACCCCGAUGAAAUCGAGGCCAAUGUCACUCUAGAAAAUGAUACGGGUGUUACAAAGGCAGAUUUGAUGGAUGGCGUGAUCGAGCAGUUGUACGGCGAGAAGCUUCCACGCGUGUACACGGAGCCUGAGUAUCUGUUUGACGUCCGCGACCGAGGGCCUAGCGACACUGACAGUGAUGAUGAAGGGUACUCUCUUGAUGAUAUCUCUUUCACGGACGAUUCAGGCGUUGUGGUUUAUGAGACUGCUUGGAUUAGUGCCCCUGGGCAACGUGAUGGAAACAACCUCGCAUAUUCAGAGGAACCACAGAUAUACUUCUACUGCUGCAAAGCAGAGAAGUACCAUGAAAUCAAAAGACUCUGGGACGACGUUAUUGAACAGAUAAACAGAGAUCAUGCGGAACGCCGCAGCCGGUCUAACGCUGCGGUAGAACCAACCUAA